UAUGAAUGCAUUGAAAACAUGGAGUGUUUAUAGUGUUUGACUUCAAAGCAGUCAUUCAUUAAUUGUUUUGUUUUUAUAAAAAUAAUAAAAACAUUACAUAAAUCUGUCAUUGGAUUUGUCGAUCACUUAUUUGGUCCAUUGAUUCGGUGUUUCUGGACGUGUGGUAGCAGUGAUAGAUGUCAUUGAAUUGUUAUCUUAAUGUCUUCGAGUGAGCCAUCAGUGGAAGUGACGACAACGCCAUCAAACAAUCAAAGAAUGAAUGGAUUAUCAUUUAGUGAGUUGUGUUGUCUUUUUUGUUGUCCUCCGUGUCCGGCAAAGAUUGCGGCCAAAUUGGCUUUCCUUCCGCCGGAACCAACAUAUAGUCUGGUGAGUGACACGACUCAGACUAAACAUUCGUUAUCUUUGACCGAAAGAGCCGAAUGGCAAUACACUAACCGAGAACUCGAAGCCUUCGACGUGUUCUUCUCGCGGACCAAUCGCGGCAAUCGUAUUGCAUGUAUGUAUGUGAGGGCCACUACAAACCCGAAGUACACGAUAUUAUUCAGUCACGGAAAUGCCGUCGAUUUGGGACAAAUGAGUAGCUUUUACUUAGGUUUGGGCACAAGGAUUGGGUGCAAUAUUUUCAGUUAUGACUACUCGGGAUAUGGCGUCAGCGGAGGAAAGCCAUCCGAGAAGAACUUGUACGCCGACAUUGACGCCGCCUGGCAUUCAUUGAGGACUAGAUAUGGUAUAAGUCCGGAACAUGUGAUACUCUAUGGCCAGAGUAUAGGCACUGUUCCUACUGUGGACUUAGCUUCUCGCUAUGAAGUGGGCGCUGUUAUCCUUCACUCACCUCUAAUGUCAGGAAUGAGAGUUGCCUUUCCUAAUACAAAGAGGACCUGGUUUUUCGAUGCCUUUCCCAGUAUCGAUAAAGUGCCGAAAGUGACGUCUCCUGUAUUAGUAAUUCAUGGGACUGAAGAUGAAGUGAUUGAUUUUUCUCACGGUCUGGCAAUGUAUGAGCGCUGUCCGCGAGCUGUCGAACCGUUAUGGGUUGAGGGCGCCGGUCAUAAUGAUGUUGAACUAUACGGUCAAUACUUAGAGAGAUUGAGACAAUUUAUUUCAGUUGAUUUAAUUAACUGACAUAACUUUUUAUUAGUUAUUUUCUGUUUUUUAGACAAUUUAAUGGCUCAUAUUUUGAUCCAAUUUUUUCAUUGUAUUUCAAAUAUAAAAUACUUC